GUGUGGUUGAUUAACAUGUGUGAUAAGCAGGUAUAUUAAAGGGGCUGAUACACUGUAGGGGGUUAGUUUGUGCACAGACACAGAACAGGAAGGAGCACAGAACAGGACAGGAAGGAGCACACAUCAGAAUACAACAGCUGGUUUCACAUUUUUUGUUUGUUUCAUUAAUUUCCUUCCCACGUGCUAAAAUGUGUAAAGGACUGUCCUCCCUUCCCUCAUCGUGCUUGGAGAAGUGAGUAUGGAAAGCAAAGGGGAUGCGGGUGAAGUUGAGUCACCUGGCUGACAAACAGGAGUGGACACAUCACAAACACAGGGUCCAUGAGGACAGGACUCUUCAGGAUCUGGAGUCUCUACUCAACAGCAAGAUUGGCCAGAAAGCUUUCCUCUGGUUCCUGCAGUCUGAGUUCAGUGAGGAGAACCUGCAGUUCUGGUUGGCCUGUGAGGAGUACAGGGUUACCCCCCCAUGGCAGCAGGGGGCCAAGGCCCAGUCUAUGUACGGCCAAUACAUCAACCCUGGUUCACCACAGGAGGUGAACCUGGAUGCUGAGACCAGGGAGGCUCUACUGCGAGUGAUGGAAGAGCCUGCAGGCGACACAUUCCACGAGGCCCAACAACACGUCUACCACCUGAUGGCCAAAGACUCUUAUCCUCGCUUCCUGCGCUCCCCACACUGCCUGGAGGCCCUUAGGGUUCCUUAGAUAUUCCACAGCGCCACCUGCUGCCCCGGAGGACCACACAACAACAUAAUAACAAGCUGUGUUUUAUAACAUUAGAAUUUAUAUCAUUUAUAUUUAUACUCAAGUCUUAGUAGACACUCAUAUGUGACUUGUAAGAUGUUUGUGUUUAUCAUAAAUAUGGUAUAACUAUGGUAUAUGUCCAUGUAGUUCUUAAUCAAGUGUUUUGACAGGAACUGAGAUCCUGAGUAUUCUAGUCAAAUCAAAUUGGUCCAUACACAUAUGUUAUUGGUCCAUAUUUAACAGAUGUUAUUGGUCCAUAUUUAACAGAUGUUAUUGGUCCAUACACAUAUUUAUCA